AUGGAUAAGUCUUCUUAUCCCUCUUCUUCACGGAGUUCACGAAAACACGACCUCAAUCGCGAGAAGUUUCUCCUGAGAGUAAUUUCUCCGGCGAUACGAGGGAAAACCUGUCCAAUCUGUUUGAAAGAUCUCGAAGAUCAUCGCAGAGCUGCUGUUAUCACUGUUUGCCUGCACGCGUACUGUUUAGACUGCAUUCGCAAGUGGAGCGAUUUGAAGCGCAAGUGUCCUCUCUGCAACUCGUCUUUCGAUUCCUUAUUCUACAAGAUCAGUCUCUCCUCUCGUAACUUCCUAACCGAGAAAUUACCGGCUCUUGGGGAGGGUAAAAGCGUCAUUGCGGAACCUGAAUUCAGUUCCAGGGUUCGGCAACGGAUGACACGAAGAAGUAAGCCAUUGCCGUGGCGGCGCACGUUUGGUCGGCCAGGUUCUGUGCCUUCUCACGUUAUUGCCGAAAGGAAGCUUCAGUGGCGUGCCAGUGUGUACAAGAGAGGCUUGCAAGCUGUUCCUAUAUCUCCUGGGAAUUGUCUCGAGCAGAAUGUGUCAAGAGAUGGCCAUAUUAAAGAAAAAUUACGUCAGAGAAUAGAGCCAUGGAUUCGAAGGGAGCUGCAGGCAAUCCUGGAGGACCCAGAUCCAUCUGUUAUUGUUCAUGUGGUCUCCUCACUUUUCAUUGCAAGGCUUGAAAGAAAGUUUGAUGUUCAAGGACAACUUGGUGUUGAAGAAAACUUUCUUGCACCUUUGCAAACUUUUUUGCAUAACUGGACCAACAUGUUUUGGUAUGAAUUAAGAUGUUUUGCAGGAUCUUCACUUACAAUUGAAACAUAUGAUGCUGUGGUUGAAUACAAAGGUUCUGAUUAAGUCUACUUCAAUGUGUGCCUCAAAGCAUAUUUUAAGGGAAUUAAUAGCCAUAUUUCAAGGGAAUUAAUAGUUAACUAUGGCCGGGGGAAUCAGGAGAAUAUGGAAACUUGGGACAAUUUUAUAGUGUCAAGUGUUGGUUGAUUCCUGGUGUUUUUUGGUUGCUGUUCUUCAUUAUCUGAAAUUGCAGUAGCUGCUCAGAAAUACACCUAGCUACUGCUCUAUAACACUGCUAGGAUGGCCUGGCAUAAUAUUCAUUGAAGUUGUUGAUAAAACAAUAGGCGUUUUCUAUCCAGCCCAGCAGAAACAAAUGAUUUACUGAUCAGAUACUGAAGAAAUGUUUUCAUGUGAUGUAUGUUAAUAAAUGGACAGGCACGUUCCUUGAA